AUGGACACGAGGCACGACAGAUGCUGUGCAAAAAAUAACUGCUUCGAAAUCACAUUAUUACAGAGAUUUGUGGCUUUCAAUGGAUUUAAUUGUUUUGUGAUGUGGGACAUCGUUGAUGACGGACUGACGGACAGGGAAAUUAGGACGGAGAUGAGCGGAUUCGCGUCUGAUGGUGUCUGUAGUGAUUGGCUAAAUCAUGAGGAAACACGCUCGCGGUCACAGCUGACGAGCUGGAGGGAGGAGUGCGGGAAACAUGGACCGGGGGAGGAGGGAGGAGGAGGAGGAGGGAGGAGGAAAUAUAUAUAUAUAUAUACAUUACAUGAUGGAGUUGGUGGAUUCUCCACUCUAUUUCCUGGUAUUACGGGUGGUGGCGGCCGCACAGUUACCGUAGUGCUCGUGCAUGUAUCAGCGGCCGUGUUAUAG